AUCUCCUUUAAGCCCAGCCGGGUGGAGGAGGUCUGGAGCUGCCUGCAGCCCUGGGCAGGACCCCGGGGGAAGGCAGGGCUGCCCGCCCGCAUGGCGGGGUGUCCCGGCAGCCGAUAGGCACGGCGCCAGCCCUGCUCGCCGGCCGCCUCGGCGGGCAAGCUCGCCCGGCAGACCGGCUGCGGUGCUGCCAGGAGCCGGCUGGCCUGCCCGCAGCUCUGCCUCUGCCCGGUUACAUGGGCAGCACGGAGGUGGGGCUGAGCUCUUCCCCCUCCGUCAGCAUCCCAGGGUACGGGAGAGCGAGCGUGCGGGGUGGCGAGUAACGGGAUCGGCUCCAGCCCUCGCCAGGACAAGAUGGGGAGGAAGCUGGACCUCUCCAAGCUAACCGAUGAAGAGGCCAAGCAUGUUUGGGAAGUCGUUCAACGGGACUUUGAUCUGCGGAAAAAAGAGGAGGAACGGCUGGAGGAGCUGAAAUGUAAGAUCAAUCAGGAGAGCAGCAAGAGAGAGUUCCUGACAAAUCAGUCCCACCUCAAUGAAACCCACUGCGUCCACUGCCUCCAGCCCUUCAAGUUCCUGCUGAACAGCAAGCGGCAGUGCCUGGACUGCAGCUUCUACAUCUGCAAGAACUGCAGCCGCUACAACAAGAAGGAGCAAGGCUGGGUCUGCGAUCCCUGCCGCCUCUCCAGGAUUGUGAAGAUCGGUUCCCUGGAGUGGUACUACGAGCACGUGCGAUCCCGUUUCAAGAGGUUUGGAAGUGCCAAGGUGCUGCAGUCCCUGUACGGCAGGCUGCAGCCAGGGCAGGGGGUGAACUCCACAUUUCUAGGUCUUCAUGACAGAGUUUACAGCCUGCCAGACAUUAACAGUGAAUGCCAGUUCCUCACCAGCGGUGACAUUGGGGACGACAGUGAUGACGAAGACAAUGUCCUUCGUGGAGCUGAAGCAGAGUGCUACAGCAGAAUGUGCAAGACAAAGCGCCUGCUGUCUGUCCAUCCCUUUGAUUUUGAACUGGACUCGGAGUACUCUGCUCAGUCUCGCCGCCAGUCUGUGCAGCUCUCUCCAGCAGCCAGCAGCCCGGAUGCUUUCCAGUCCUUCCCAGAUUUCCCCAGCUCAGCUGAAGAUGCCUCCCAGAAGGAGUCCAGGAUCGCGGAUGCAGAUCUGGUCUUCCACCACGUCUUGCAGGAGCAGGGACGGGGCGUGAGCCCGCCGGAGCAGCACUUCAGCACAGAGGUUCGGCUCACCGUCAAUUCACGGAGAAGGAGCCUGGACAGAAACACAAAACCUGGCAGCCCCUGGAACGAGCAGCCCCAGUCCCGGUACUCUGCAGAUAUGGACACCUCUGAUGAGGAUGUGAAGGGAGCCCAGUUCCCUGCCUACCCACCCCAUCACAUGAAACGCCGGAACAGAGCCUCCUCCCAGGAGAACAUCAGUCACUCUGGGAAUCAGAUUCAUGAGCUCAACAAACGCAUGUCUGCAAUUGAACGCAUGCUGAACCGUUUGGAGGAAAAAAUCCUGGUGCGCUCUGACGAGUCUCCAGCUGCAGACUCCCAACUUGAUCCUGAUGCCGAGGAGGAGGAGCUGAAGAGGAAGCUGGAGGAGUUAGCGAGGAACAUCAGUGACAAAGAAGUCUCUUCUGAAGAAGAAGAGCGUGAAGAAAAGAAGAGAGCAAAGAAACCAGAGAUUAGUUCCUCCAGUGAUGACGUGGCCAGAGAUGCUCAAAAGAGGUCAUCGGCUCAGGCUUUGAGCGAAAUCACGGCCAAAGUGCUGAGAGCCAUAAAUGCCACGGAGAAAGCGGUAUGUGAGUCGUUGCACGGAGAAACCCAGUGCAAUGAUAGCUGUGCCCUCCUCGCGGGGCAGCUUCCCAGCCUGGGAGACAGCAGAGAGGUGGCCGAAGUGUACCGUGAGCUUGAAGAAAACGUGUACCUGACUGCUGGGAAGACCUACCGGCUUGAGAAGACCCUGAAGGAACUUGAGGAAGGGGCUCAGCACAGCGGCACUACCGACUCAGAGCUGUCGGAGCUGGAGGACAAGGUGGCUUCAGCAGCCGUGCAGGUGCAGCAGGCAGAGAGCGAGAUAUCGGAUAUCGAAUCUCGAAUUGCGGCUCUGUCCGCUGCAGGGCUGACAGUGAAGUCAAUGGAAAAGGCGAAGAAGAAGUCCAUCGGGCAGGCUGCCUGCCUCCACUCUCCCGACCCCACCAGCAGCAGUCCUGGGGAGUCUUCGGAUGACAUUAAAGGGAUGCCCGGACUGCAGGGGUUCAGGAGGAAGUUCAACAGUCCCCUCGAAAUCACCAGUCUCGAUGAUUCCUUUGACCGCAACUCUGUUUACCGUGGCUCCCUGACACAGAGAAACCCCAAUGGGAAAAACAGGAGAGUGGAGAGGCUUUUUGCGAAGCCUGUGAUGACCCACCUGUCCUGAGGAGAGGGGGGACUCUCCUGCCACUGCAUUUCACUGACCAAGACAAGACCUCAGCACAAAGCUUCACCGCCUUCCCCCCAACACUUGCUCUUCCUUCUCCCAUGCCGCCUCUCCCUGAGACGCCGGACAGGAGGGAAGCCGGAGGCCAUGGGCAGAAGGUCUUGCCAAGAGCUGCCAAGGAGAAGAGUGAGGCACUGGCAUGCCAACAGCUGGCCAGGGGCUCUCAUGGGAGAAUGCAUGCAUGAGACCUUGGCCUUGGGCAGCUCUUUGGUACCAGAUCAGCUAAGGGGACCAGAGAGGUGCAGAGCAGGAGUGACCUCCUCAGAGGGACCUAGAUGUCAGCAUGACUUCUCAGUAUGGGGACUGGGGGUGGUGACAUGGUCAUCACUUGGUAAAAGCUGUCAAUGCCUGUCCCUGCUUUCUCCCAAGCUGGUGCUGAGCAGGGAUAGGAGCUGACAGUGGGUGAAGGAUGCCCUUAGGGUACCCCAGGUAGAGCAGGAACCCGGGCAUCCCAGGCUGGGAAUCACAUCCCAGUGCUGGUCCAACUCGCUGCGAUGUCCCUUGGAGCAUCACCUCCCUUCCCUGAGCAGCAAAGCAGGGUGAAAGCAGUGCCAGCUCCCUCCCAGCAAGCACUUGGCCAACAGAUCUCUGCACAAAGUCAUGCUAACACCUGCUGAGGCUUCUUGCCACCAUGCAUGAAGCAGCUGUGACCAUCUGAGGACGUGAGUGAGGCAAGGCUUGCAGGAAGCAGUGGUAAGAAAGGUGGAAGAAAGGCUGGAGGCUUGCUGGGGAUUGGUUGUUCCCAGCUCUCAAAGGUAUCCUCUCUCCAUGUCAGGCUAUAUCAGCAAGUUUAGAAGGACUCCAGCAAGCAGAGCAUAGGUGCUUCUCUGGAGGCUUUCCCUGACUCUACAGAGGGGUCAGCCUGUGCCAAGAGGUGCUUUGUGGACAAGCAUGUCCCCUGUCCCUGAUGAUGGGAUUGUAGAACCCCUCUGGUCCUUGGAGAGGGGCUGUGAUGGCCUUUGGGGGCUGCGGUGGCCCUGGGCUCCUGCCAGGUGACAGCAGCAUUGGUAACACCCUCCCCCAGACACCCCAAAUGUUUUCCCUCCAAAAUUUAUUUCUUCACAUCCACUAACCCUGGUGGAUCAGUUCCCAGGACAUCAGGAUAGGGAGAGGAUUGUUUUCUCUUACAGGUCACCCUGGAGGAGAUUCAUGUUAAAAAAUUUUGCUCAGUACCUGCUUGUCCCUGUCCUUUAUAGCCCCCACCUUCCUCCUUCCGCAGUGGGUGACGUGGGGAGGAUCGCUUGCAGCCGGAGCAGGGAUGUCAGGCUGAUACUGGCAGUUUCCCAUCGAUGACCACUUAGGCUGGACCAUUCUUGUGCAUCUGAACUAAAACCACUUUAAUUAUGAGCGAUAGUAUGCGUUCUCAUGCAAGUAACACGUAUGUUUAGCUUUGGUAGUAGUAGAGACUGCUAACUGCCUAGAAAUUGGUCCUGCCGUCAUCUCACAGCCUUGUAAGUCCUAAGUCUGGGCUUCCCAGCUGGAAAAAAAAACAAAACACUUUCUUCUUUUAAAAUGAAAUCCUUCUGGCCUGAAGUUCAAAAGGGUAAGUGCAAACCAUUGGUGGUGUAGAAACUCGCCCAGACACCAUGGCAUUGCUGGGUGCAUCUCUUGCCACUCAGCUGGCCUCAAGGCUAGGAUGGCAGCUCCUCGGCUGGCAGAAAGGAGCUCCACCAAGAUCUGGGCAAUGCUAUGGGUUUGCACCCACCCCUCUGGUACAAGGCUUCAGCCUUCACCCCAACCACAUCUCAGCCAUAACUCAAGUCCUUCCAUGCAACCGCUCAGAUGCUUGAUUCUGCAAGGGAGUCCUUGCAGCGAGCCUCAGCAGUGCAAACUAAGGCAUCGUCCAAGCUGUAGUCAGCCACAUUGUUAUUUGCUGGUUUUCUGCCCCAUCUGCCUGUGUAGAGAUUAUAUAUAUGUACACUAAAUCAUGCAAUAAAGCCAAUUUUAAGU